AUGCCAGAAGAAGUCGCCCUCGCAACGACCAAGCGCAAGUUCUACAAGGCUCUCGACACCUUCACCACCGACUCUCAAGUCUCCUUGACGCCCUCUACAGCAGAUACGACCACUUCAAGCAAGCGGACAUUGACCCCAACAGAAGCAUUCGACGAAGCCCGCGCGCGAGCAACAAAGCGCCUCCGACACAGCGUCUCCAGCUCUUCACUGCCACAGAAGCUCGAUGCCAUACCAACACCGGCAAGCAAGAGGAUUGACUCGACGAGCAACCCCAGAGAAGCGCCAAAUUACUCGCCAUGGUCCCAUGAGACCUUCCUGGCGCGGUUGAAGACGUUCAGCAGCGUGAGCCUGUGGCAUCCCAAGCCGGAAGCGAUCAACGAGGUGCAAUGGGCGAAGCGAGGAUGGCGGUGCGUGGACGUUAACACCGUCGCGUGCAAGGGAGGGUGCGAGAAGAGGGUGGUGGUGAGCUUGGAUCAUGCUAAGAGGGCUACACAGGACGAGGAUGAAGAGGCAGAAGACGAUAGUGAGGAUGAGGAAGCUUUCGAGCAGGCUCUCACGGAGCGCUAUAAGACGAUCAUCGUCGAAGGACACGCGGCAAAUUGUCUAUGGGGACAAGCAGGCUGCAAAGACGACAUCUACCACCUCCAAGUCAUCCGCCCUUCCAUCUGGCAGCCAGAGCUCAAGAAGCGGUUCCAGUCCACCCUAAAGAUCAGCGCUCAGAUCCAGGGCAUCAAGCUCCGAACCAUCGAGAAAGACGAGACCAAAGUGCUUCCGACGCACCGCCUACUCAAGGAUCUACCGCCGGACAUCGUACCGUCUGCCAACUCCGUGUCUUCAGAACCAGCACUAACUAUCGCCCUCCACGGCUGGCGCGGCGCAUACGAAGCCUCCAACGCCCUCCUCCACUGCGACGCCUGCUUCCAGCGCAUCGGCCUCUGGAUGUACCAGCCCGGCUACCGACCCCGCCGCCACAGCUCCGAUGCCGAGGACAGUGAGGACACAGCCUUGAUCGAUCUAGUCGAAAUGCACCGCGACCACUGCCCCUGGCGCAAUCCAGCCUCUCAACGAGCUUCAGGCACGUUCAAGGGACAGAACGCGUGCCAGAUCUUGCAUCGGGUGGUUUCGACGUUCGUCAAGGACUAUAGGCGGCGGUCGGGUCAGCAGGGUGGGACGCCGCAGCUUCAGGCUGAGGAGGCGGACGCUACGCCUGGUGGCGAGCAGGACGAUGACGAGCCGCCUGUGCUGUCGAAGGAAGAGGUCGCGCGACAGGAUAAGGAGAGGGAGUCGCGGCUGCGGAAGAUCAAGAAUCUGUUCAGUAUUAGGCGCAGGACGAAGAGCGUGCCGAAGGCCGCGAUCUCAUAG